GGCUGUGCGGCGGUGGUGGUGGCAGGCAGCGGCGUCAGCAGGCAGAGGACAGGACACACUCAGAUCAACCUGUAAUCACCAUCGUCUCUCACACUGCCAUGGUCUAAAAGCCGCAAACAACAUCGUUGCCUAUUUUCUACUGGGAGGGAAACUUUAAAACCUUAAAAAAACAAGCCAUGCAUCUGGAAGCUAGAACCCCGAGGAUAUAAACGAGAUUGAAGACCAGAAAGUAGCUACCACAACAACGAAACCAGAAGAAGAAGCUGUCGUUUUUUUUCACGCUCGGAGGGAAAGACGGCAUCCGGCCUGAGAAGAAGCUCCGAGGUUGGGGACUCCGGUCGGAGCAACGUUCAUCGUUUCUGGCCUCCCCUUCCCGAGAGCUCCAUGGAGAAGAUGAAGCGGUUCAAGCGGCGUCUCUCUCAGACGUUGCGAGGCAGCCACACCAUCGACGAGUCGCUCUCUGAGCUGGCAGAGCAGAUGACCAUAGAGGAGAACGGCCUGAAGGACAGCGAGCCCAUGGUGAGAAAUGGUCGUCCUCCUUCGGCCCACAGUGUCCACUCUUUCCUCCACCAGUACACAAGCUCCUUUAAAAAGCCUCCGCUGCGACGGCCUCAGAGCGUCAUCGGAGGAGGUCUGGGCUCUCUCAUGGUCAUGCCUCGCAAUGGCAGUCGCCUCGAUAUUGUCCACGAGAACCUGAAGAUGGGCUCGGAUGGGGAGAGUGACCAGGCAUCGGCGACUUCCUCCGAUGAGGUGCAGUCGCCGACGGGUGUUUGUCUACGGAACAGAGGGAACAGACGCAUCUCGGCAGAGGACCUGAACAAACGUCUGUCUCUGCCGGCCGACAUCCGAAUACCUGACGGUUACCUGGAGAAGCUGCAGCUGAGCAGCCCGUCCUUUGACCAGCCGCUGAGCCGACGCUCCCGCAGAGCAUCACUGUCAGAAAUUGGAUUUGGGAAGCUGGAGACAUACGUCAAACUGGACAAACUGGGAGAGGGGACGUACGCUACAGUCUUCAAGGGGAGGAGUAAGCUGACAGACAACCUGGUGGCGCUGAAGGAGAUCAGACUGGAGCACGAGGAGGGGGCGCCGUGCACAGCUAUCAGAGAAGUGUCGCUACUGAAGGACCUGAAACACGCCAACAUUGUGACGCUGCACGAUAUCAUCCACACAGACAAGUCGCUCACACUGGUCUUUGAGUACCUGGACAAAGACCUCAAGCAGUACAUGGACGACUGUGGGAACAUCCUGAGCAUGCAGAAUGUCAAGAUCUUUCUGUUCCAGAUCCUGCGAGGCUUGGCAUACUGUCACAAACGGAAAGUUCUCCACAGAGACCUAAAGCCCCAAAAUCUGCUCAUCAACGACAGAGGGGAGCUCAAACUGGCUGACUUUGGCCUGGCGAGGGCUAAAUCUGUGCCCACUAAAACAUACUCUAACGAGGUAGUAACACUUUGGUAUCGGCCUCCCGACGUGCUGCUGGGCUCCUCUGAGUACUCCACGCAGAUAGACAUGUGGGGUGUGGGCUGCAUAUUCUACGAGAUGGCUGCCGGCAGGCCCCUGUUCCCGGGCUCCACGGUGGAGGACGAGCUGCACCUCAUCUUCAGGCUACUAGGCACUCCCACAGAAGACAGCUGGCCUGGAAUAUCCUCUAUGGACGAGUUCAAGUCCUACAAGUUCCCCAAGUACAAGGUCCAGCCGCUCAUUAACCACGCACCCAGCCCUCUAAUCACUGGAGAUGGAAAUGAGCAGAUGUUUCUAAUCGUACCCAGGUUGGACACUGAUGGCAUCGAACUGCUGAUGUCAUUCCUAAAAUAUGAGUCAAAAAAGAGGAUCUCUGCUGAUGAAGCAAUGAGACAGCCGUACUUCAGGAGCCUAGGGCCACGUGUGCACACACUGCCAGAGAGCAUAUCCAUAUUCACAUUGAAGGAGGUCCAGUUGCAAAGAGAUCCCGGCUACCGGAACUCAUCAUACCCUGAGUCAGGCAACGGAAAGAGCAGAAGACAAAGCAUGCUGUUUUAGAUUCUCUGGACUGUAUUUUUAUUCAUUUGGGAAGGAUCUCCUCGCUGUAGUCUCACCGACGGGUCAGUAACACGAGAUGGCUGUUUGGCGUGGAGCAUCAUCACUCCCCCGAAGCUACUUGGGAAACUUGUCCACAGUGCGACCGACCCCCUUUCCAGGUCUGGCCUGAACCUGGCCCAAAAGAGACAUUUAUAUACUGUACAUCUAUAUUUAUUGAAAAGAAAAUUUGCUGCUAAAUCCAACUACUGUCUAGAAUUCUAACUGGCUCGGUCACUUUAUUGAGGACAUGCAAUGUGUAUAGAUUUAAUUUUUUGAAGUGUUGGUAUUUAAACUGAUUUUUUUUUGUCAUUUUCAUACAUAAAAGAACUCCACCCCAAUGCUCCUCAGUGUGUGUGUACGACACAGACAAGCAAAGAGGUUUUUCUGUAGCAACUCAUAAAGGUCAGAUUUUCUGUCUCUGUUUCCACAGCGCUGUUUUAGCUGCACCCAUCAUUUGUGACGUUUACUCUGAAGGCUUUUGAGGCCAGCUUUGAUAUAACUGAUAAUUGUAUCCUAACUGGAGGCUAAUGUGAGGGCAGUGCUGCCAAGCUCUGUGCAAAAAAAGAUCACAUUCUUGUCAGAUGCUGGCAUAUCAUUCCAGGAUGCUGCGGUCUCAGUUGUGACCAACAGACAAAUGCAGGAGGAAAAAGGCAACGUAGAAUGAAUAACGAGGGCAUUGCCGGAAUUAGUUACGUCUCCUAAAUUCUUCCAAAAAAACUUUAAUAUGUAACUACGGUGAACAACCUUCUCAUCCUUUUCCACCUCGGUCUGACACGAUCUCCUCUAGUUACUAAGAAAUAGGAGAUGCAUAGUAAAUCCUCAGUGUUGGACUCUGCUGCCUUUGUGCAUUACAGAUGUGCUCUCCUCUGCCAUUCCCAUCUCCAUCAACUGUAAAAAUGGAUCCUUUGUUUUCUGGAUUGCCUCCAUCAUUGUGUUGCAUGCCUGCUCUGUUGUAUGAGGAAGCACACAGCCGCUAACCUCCUAAUUCAGGUAGCACUAGCUCUAGUCCUGCCCCUAGUGAAUACAAUACUGAGUCACAGUCUAUUAACAGUGUUACAAGAUGUGUUUUGUAUGAUAUUCUUUAACUUUAUUUGUUGAAAAUUGAUAUUGGUGUGGGAUUUCGUUGCAUAUGCCCUGCCAUAUUUGAGCUUUUUUUCAGAGUAAAGAAACUUAAAUCUAAAGUUGAAUAAACAUGAAUUAUGUGAACUGAUUGUUUUUUCCCUCCUGUAUGGACACUUCAUUUUGUUUUGGCUAAUGUAAAAUGUAAGGCAUUGUGUUGAAGCAUUCAAUGCUUUGUUUAUUGAAAAUAACAAGAGAUUCUUCACAAUACAAAAUUAUACAGAAUACAAACUGUAUACCAAGUCCAGUAUAAAAAAAAAAGAACAUUACAAGUGUUAAAGGUUUUUCAUUGAUUUGAAAUCUCGUCUUCAUUUAAAGAUUUUGGAAAAGAAAAAUAGGACAUCAAGGCACAGCCGGUACUAUCUGAGAAGCAUAGUGCAUAAAAUACCACACAAGUGAAACAGUUUCACAUUGUGA